AUGGCUUCUGCAAACAACUGGCUCGGCUUCUCGCUCUCCGGCCAAGAAACUUCUCAGCCUCAUCAGGAUAGCUCCCCUUCGGCCGCCAUCGACAUCUCCGGCGCCAGCGACUUCUACGGCUUGCCGACGCAGCCGGCGGCCGACACGCACCUCGGCGUGCAAGGGCAUCAUCAUCACAACGCCUCGUAUGGCAUAAUGGAGGCCUUCAAUAGGGGAGCUCAAGAGACGCAAGAUUGGAACAUGAGAGGGUUGGACUACAACGGCGGCGCAUCUGAGCUCUCGAUGCUCGUCGGCUCCAGCGGCGGGAAGAGGGCGGUGGAGGAGAGCGAGCCGAAGCUGGAGGAUUUCCUCGGCGGCAACUCGUUCGUCUCCGAGCAAGAUCAGGCCGGGGGCUUCCUGUUCUCCGGUGUCCCGAUGGCCAGCAGCACCAACAGCAACAGCGGGAGCAACACCAUGGAGCUCUCCAUGAUCAAGACCUGGCUCCGGAACAACGGGCAGGUGCCCGCCGGCCAGCACCCGCCGGCGCCGGCGGCCGCGGCGCAGCAGCAGCAGCAGGCGCAGGCGGCGGCACACGAGGCGGCGGAGAUGAGCACCGACGCGAGCGCGAGCAGCUUCGGCUGCUCCUCCGACGCGAUGGGGAGGAACGGGAACGGCACGGUUUCGGCGGCGGCGGCGGGCGGCAGCUCGCACUCGCAGAACCUUGCGCUCUCGAUGAGCACGGGCUCGCACCUCCCUAUUGUUGUCGCCGGCGGCACCGGGAGCGCCAGCGGGGGAGCCGCCGAGAGCACCUCGUCGGAGAACAAGCGGGCCAGCGGCGCGAUGGAUUCACCGGGCGGUGGCGCGAUAGAGGCCGUGCCGAGGAAGUCCAUCGACACGUUCGGGCAAAGGACCUCGAUAUACCGAGGUGUAACAAGACAUAGAUGGACAGGGCGUUACGAGGCACAUCUCUGGGACAAUAGCUGCAGGAGAGAAGGGCAGAGCCGCAAGGGUAGACAAGUUUAUCUUGGUGGCUAUGACAAGGAGGAUAAGGCAGCAAGAGCUUAUGAUUUGGCAGCUCUAAAGUAUUGGGGCACAACAACAACAACAAAUUUCCCAAUAAGUAACUAUGAAAAAGAGCUAGAUGAAAUGAAACAUAUGACCAGGCAGGAGUAUAUUGCAUACCUAAGGAGGAAUAGCAGUGGAUUUUCUCGUGGUGCAUCGAAAUAUCGUGGUGUAACCAGGCACCAUCAGCAUGGGAGAUGGCAAGCAAGGAUAGGGAGGGUUGCAGGGAACAAGGACCUCUACUUAGGCACCUUCAGCACCGAGGAGGAGGCGGCGGAGGCCUACGACAUCGCCGCGAUCAAGUUCCGGGGGCUCAACGCCGUCACCAACUUCGACAUGAGCCGCUACGACGUUAAGAGCAUCCUCGAGAGCAGCACGCUGCCGGUCGGCGGCGCGGCCAGGCGCCUCAAGGAAGCGGCGGACCACGCGGAGGCCGGGGCCACCAUCUGGCGCGCCGACAUGGACGGCGGCGUCAUCUCUGGCCUGGCCGACGUCGGGAUGGGUGCCUACGCCUCGUACCACCACGGCUGGCCGACCAUCGCGUUCCAGCAGCCGUCGCCGCUCGCCGUGCACUACCCGUACGGCCAGGCGCCGUCGCGCGGGUGGUGCAAGCCCGAGCAGGACGCCGCCGUCGCGACCGCCGCGCACAGCCUGCAGGACCUCCAGCAGCUGCACCUCGGGAGCGCCGCCGCCGCCCACAACUUCUUCCAGGCGUCGUCGAGCUCGACGGUCUACAACGGCGGGAGCGGCGGAGCCGCCAGCGGGUACCACCAGGGCGCCCUCGGCGGCAACGCCUUCUUGAUGCCCGCGGGCACCGUUGUGGCCGACCAGGGGCACAGCAGCACGGCCACCAACCAAGGAAGCACCUGCAGCUACGGGAACGAGGAGCAGGGGAAGCUCAUCGGGUACGACGCCAUGGCGAUGGCGAGCGCCGGCGGCGGUGACCCGUACGCCGCGGCGAGGAGCGGGUACCAGCUCUCGCAGGGCUCGGCGUCGACGGUGAGCAUCGCGAGGGCGAACGGCUACUCGGCCAACUGGAGCUCGCCUUUCAAUGGCAUGGGAUGAUCGAUCAGCUAGUCGCUAGUGAUAGGGGGAUCGAUUAAUUAGCUAGCUAGACAAGUCAAGUUUAGGUUUAGACGAAUCGUCUUGACGGACAAACCGCUGUGUUUCAGCUCGUUCAGGUUCAGAUUUUGCUUGACUGGGUGUACCGUACCGUACGUGUACGUGUGAAACACACGCGAGGUGCUGCCUUCUGGAAGCUGGUAAUGGCAGGUAAGGGUAUAAGUAAAGUUUGUGUUGUAAGUUAAUUAUCCUUGCUUGCUGUUAGUUUUGGGUAGUUUCAGAAGGAUCAUGCCAAUCCUCAGAGAACACACAC